AUGUACGGCUGGCACAAGAUGCAGGACAUCACUAGCGGGUCGUUAAACAGCAGCAUGAACCCAACCGCCACGCCGGAGAACCCCGCCGGCCUGUCGGAGACGUGGCAGUUUGAAAACCUCAACUUCAAGAAGGGCAAAGAAGAAUUACUCGACAACAUUGCGCGGAACAAAUCAAGCACAAAGGACGACGAGGACGACGAUGAGAGUAUCGACUUCCACGUGGUGUUGAACGAGUUGCAGACCAUGAAAAACUCUCAGAUUGCCACUACUGAGGAGUUGAGACGCGUCCGAAUGGACAACGAGUUGUUGUGGAAGGAGAACUACAUGAUGCGAGAGAGACACCGCCAGCAACAGGAUGCGUUGGACAAAAUU